UUUAAUUCCAAAACAUACUCAUUGCUCUACAAGUCACUAAAAUGUAGAAUAUUUUGUGAUUUUUGAAAAUAUCAAAAAGUGGGGAAAAAUAACUAGUUUUGUAGUGAAGGGCUAUCUUGGGACUGUCUUGGGACUCACCAUGUGCAACUACGAUUGCUGUCAGUCCAAGUCGCCGAUUGCCAAGCGCUUGGCGGCCCGCCGCCUCCUCGAGAUAGAGGAGGAGGAGAGCCGGAAGCCAAAGAUAGUGCUGGCAACGCCCCAGAGCCUGCUCUACCGCUACGACAUCGUCGAGGUCAUGGCGGCAUAUAUAGUCUCGGUCAGCGAAAUCCGACCCAAGUAUGGUAUCAUCAGCGGCGCCCUCCUGACCCCCAUUACCAGCCUGAUUGAAGAUCCCGUGUCCAUUCCCUUCGAAAACAUCCCGCAUUUCCCCCUCAGCCACCUGGGGGACUGCAAAUUCCUUGUCGGCUAUGUGAUGGGCGCUCCUGUUAUCGCCAUGGCGGAUCGCUUCCACCAGUAUGACGGAUACCCAAUGGCCACCUGCUCGCUGCCCGUCCGAGUGAUGCAGUUGUGCGGCGUGAAGACCAUUAUGCUGACCUGUUGCUCUUUGGCUGCCAAUCCCAACUACCAGGCGGGCGACAUAAUGCUAAUCAAGGAUCACAUCAACUUCAUUGGCAUGAUGAGCCAAUCGCCCAUGGAAGGACCCUCCGACCCGCGCUUCGGUGCCCGAUUCUUUCCCAUGGUCAAUGCGUACAACGCGGACCUGAUUAAGGCUGCCCUGGAGAUCGGCAAGGCUAUGGGCAUCAACAAAGCCCUUCACUCCGGGGUCUUUGCCUUCUGUGGAGGACCUCAUCGAAUGUCCGUCAGCGAGGAGAGUUUGCUGCAUCGGUUGGGCGCGGAUGCCAUUGGGCCGUCGCUGGUGCCCGAGGUACUGGCCGCCCACCAUGCCGGCAUCAAGAUCUUUGCCUUUGCGUUCAUCACUGUGGUGGCGUACAGUAGGCCAACCGAGGACGAGGACGAGGAUCACCGGACGGCGGCAAAGGCGGCAGUAGAGAGCGCAGAGGUCACGCCCCAAAAACGUCAGGCCUGCACCGAUUUGAUCGGCCGCCUGAUCUACCACAUGCACCAUGAGAAUGUGGACUCGAAUUGCCCAAAAUAGAUUUCUCGAAACGCCCCACCA